CUCUUUACGGAGAACAAGCCACCAGUAGACGAGAACUGCAGUACGAAAAAUGAGAAGCAGGACUUGAAGGCUCUGGUGGAUGAGCAGAAUCGGAAUCGCACAAAAGUGAUGUGUCGUCGUUGUCAGGGUGUUGUGUUUGGACCCAAACGAGCCGUCCUUCUGGAAGGUACCGCUCAGUUAUAG